AUGCUGAAGCUCGACGACGACGACGAGGAAGCCAUCGUCCUAGAGCACCUCCGUGACAUCCUCGUUGAGGUGUUGGACAAGAAGGGUGACCGGUCCAACUACAACAACUUCAGGGGGAUCUUGCUCCUCUCUCACGUAGGCAAGGUCCCCAUGAAGAUCAUCACGAACCGCCUAAGCGCCUUCUGCGAAACCAACAACAUCCUCCCGGAGGAACAAUGCGGGUUCCGACCUGGGCGAUCCACCAUCGACAUGAUGUUUGUCGUGCGUCGACUCCAGGAGUUGGGGCGGAGAAGGAAAAUACCACUCUACAUGUGCUUCGUCGACCUGAAGAAGGCAGUCGGGAUUCCUGAGGAGAUGAACGCCGUCAUCCGCCAAUUCCACGACGGAAUGCGGGUCCGGGUGCGCGUGGACGACGGAGAGUUUUCGGCCUGGUUCUGGGUCACAGAAGGCCUACGACAAGGGUGUGUGCUGUCCUCACUGCUGUUUAACAUCUUCUUCGCCGCGGUCAUCGACGCCGUUGCCAUUCGAUUCAGCGAGGAUGAUGUUAUUCUGCAGAACCUGGUGUACCUGGAGGAGGAGACGGGAGCGGGGGCGAGGACACCACUUGACCGAGUGCGGAGGGCGGUAUGGGGAAUGCUGUAUGCCGAUGAUGCCGGCGUCGUAUCGAGGUCUGCCGAAGGACUGGCGAGAAUGAUGACCGUCAUCGUGGAGGUGUUCGAGAAGUUCGGGCUGACGGUAUCGGAGAAGAAGACGGAGACGCUCCUGAUUGGCGCAAAAAAUAAGCAGACAACAACAACACCGCCCCCACCGUCACCGCUGAUCAUCGAGGCAGCAGGGCAGAGGGAGAUCAACUACCAGAGCAGAGCAGCGUGGGCAUGCAUCAGGAGAUAUGGCCAGGAUCUCUUCGACAAGCCGAACGCACCGUUCAGACUCAAGACUCGCCUGCUCCAGGCCGAGGCAAUGGAGGCACUGCUGUACGGCUGCAUGACAUGGGCCCCACGUCAAGACCAAUACCGGACGUUGAGGACGAUACACCACCGACUGCUUCUGCGAGUUAUCGGUUACCAACGCGAGAAGGGCACCUACCGGCAGCUUUCCUACGCCCAGACCCUGAAGCGGGUAGGGUGCCAGAGCGUGGAAACCACGAUUCGGCAACGCCGCCUGCUAUUCGCGGGAGCGCUGGCAAGGCAGCCAGACGGACGACUCCCGAAACGGGUGAUGCUUGGCGAGCUGGUGGGGGGGGAGGCCCAGGCAGGGGGAAACCGGAAUUAG